CCGACGCUGCUUUGUCGAUCUCUCGGCGACGCUGUCGCCUACCGCUGUGUCUGCCUCAUUUUCAGUAUAUGUCAGCUCGCCGCGUUGUGCUACCAUGGAAAGUGACCCGCUGCACUGCCACCAGUGGGUACUGUAUGUCAUGUCAGCGCCGGCUCCGCAAUAUCUGGCGCUCAUUGCGGCGGAGAGUUACUCUGGCAGCUUGUUUUAUGAGCGCUGUGCGGAGAGAUCGGAUUCAUCGUCAGAUAACGGCUACUCUCCACUCGAUGCUAGCUUGUUGUGACUACGGAUAGGCCUUCCUCUGAUCUCCUGCCUGCUCCAACCCAGGCACCCUCAUUUUGCUCACCUUGAAGUCAGGUGUAGCCUGAGGCCUCAAAGCUGAAAUGACGGAUUGCUCUUGGCGCUCAUAUGUCCGUCGGUCGACAGCUGACAAACACUGACUUGCACUUGGCGGACACUAUGAAUGUAGCGCUGGCAGUCGGGGCUGACCGCUCACGAGUCGCAACUCGGACUUUCACAUCCAAAGGUGCCCGCCCUCUUUCCCAGUCGCGUUGCCCCAUUGAGCUGCCAUGGCAAACGAGGCGUCUUGUACCGCAGCAGUCCGUAGCACCCGACGACGUCUUUGCUGCAGCGAACAUCUUUGAACGACCGUGGCCACCGCAUUGUAUGGACUGAGGAUGCCAUUCUGCACCAAAUUUCAAUGCGCUCAGCCAGCUAAGGAUGGAACCUGAGGAUGAGUAAGUCGGGGAUGCGGAGAAAGCAAGACCUGCCAGUGAGUCCGGUUGUAGCACUGCACGAAGAAUGAGACGGUGGUCUUACCGCCCGUGGUAAACAGCAUAGGGAGCAGUUGGGGAUGUGCGGGUAGAAUGCAAAACGACCAGUCACAAUGCCUUGUGCGCGCACUGAUUCGGAACGGAUCUCUCUCGGCAAAUGCAAGCAGAAUCAGGUACCGUCUACACAUCCAGUCCGGCGGUGUACCAUUACACAAAGUUAGAUUACAAGAGCUGCUCCGCAGCAUACAACAACAACAAAAAAGAAAUGGUCACUUGAGCUUCCGCAGCUUCUCCAUAACAUCCUUGAUGUCAGCCUUGUUCCACUCCCCGCUCCAUCCCUGGGCACGUUCCUUCCGGACAGUCGGCGACAGGAACCGCGUGCCUUGCUCUGCCGCCAUCGCCGGUGCUGCUGCCUGCGGGUCGAAAUCAAGAAACGGCGUGUCCGGGCGCGGGGGAUGGCGCUCCAGCGACGGCCGUCCUGCCAUAAACGGGGUGGCGGGUCGAGACCGGCCCAGGAAGAAAUCUUCGAAUGGUGUCUGUGGGCGCGACGGGUCGAAGGGCGUCCCAGGCCGCGAAUACGACGCUGAAUGGUCUGUGUGCGCUGGCAUCGGCAUGAUUCGCGUUUCGAAUGCGCGCGGACCCGGCUGCGGGGGUGCAUCGACGAUCGGAACCGCGUCACCCUCCAGCUCGGCCCCAUUCUCCUCCUCCUCCCGCUCUCUCCCCUCCUCGUCCUCGGAGUCUCGAUAGCCAAUAUCAAUAAUGUGGCUGUCCGCAACCGGAACGGCAGAAGGCACCGGCUCCGACCGCGGCUGCGGCUGCGGAGUUUGCGAUCGCCUAGGAAACGCGAACAGGAUCGGGGAGCCUAGCGCCAACGAGCGGCGCCUCGGAGGCAUCGUCGCGAACGCCGACAGAGUCGGCGAGGGCGUGCCGGCCCUGUUUCCCUCGCCGGACUCCAACGACGAGUCCCGCGAGUGCGAGCCGCUCCGCAGCCUCGACGCAAUCGUAUUGAACGACAAGCUUGCUCGCCGCGCAAGCUUGGUCGUCGCCGACGCCGCCGCACUGCUCGCGCUCGACGCACCCGCGCGGCGCUGCGGCUGCACGGCGUCCAUCGACCGGCGUGGCGGAAGGAUAUCCGACAACGCGGAACCGAGGCCAGUCGUAUACUGCUGCUGCUGCUGCAGCAGCUUCUUAUUCUUUUGCGGUGGCGGCGGCGUGGGUCUGAGUACGCUCGUCGGCUCCGCCCGGAGGGUGAUCAGGUCCGCGGGUAUCGCCUCACCCAGGAUCCUCGUCAGCUUGUGCAGCUGGCGCCGCCGCAGCUCGGAUUCGGGCACCUCCAGUGGCGUAUCGGGCGCAGAUGGCAAUAUCGAGGCUGGUGAAACGACCUGGAUGGCGGGGACCCGCAGUUCCGACUCCACGUAUGCGGGAUCUGGCGCAGAUAACGGCUGGGCGGCGUCCCACGUCGAGCUCUUCAGCGGCAGCGGGGCGGGCGAUCUCAUCUUCUUCGGCGGCUGAGGGUACGAGGGCGAGGGCGAGGAGCCUGACUUCAGGGACGGUGAGGAUGCGGAAGAAAGCGAGUAGAAAGAUUGGGCUGUUGAUGGUCGUGACUUGUUCGCUCGCAGCGCAUCGCCAUAAAUGGAUCCCACGGAGGUUGUUUCAGACGAGGAGCUGUUCUGCCGUUUGAAGGAGGAGUACACGGAUGGUCUUGAGAGGUUCGUCACGAGCAUGAGAGCGGAGAAAGAUGAAGAUGGAGAAGGGACGAAAGGCAAAGCGAGCAGAAGGGAAGAGGGGAAAAGCAGAGAGUCACAAAAGACACGCGACUGACAUGUAAAAGAGAGGAAGAGAGGAAGAGGCCUCGUUGCACUCCAGAUGGAGAUGCUAAGCCAAGAAUAGAAGAUUGUGAAACGUCCACGGCGACCUGCCACGGCCCACUGGCAGUGAUUGGACAGCAGAUGGGCAGUUCCUGAAGCACAAAGAGCCGUACAGGACCUUGAAUGCGCUUCAGUGCAUGCUGUUGUAUCCACGUCUACGACCCUCCAUCGGCGCUAGAGGAGAAAUAGUGACGAUUUCCACGCUCGCGAGGUUGGCACGGAAAUGCUGCAGCAGAAGCAGAUGAUAGUCC